AUGAGUGCUGAGCUGUCAUACCAGAUUGGAGGAGGUGCCUUCAGAAAGUUGGGUUCUAUUAAGCUAAACAACAUAUGUUGCUCUGGGGUUAGCCCAUAUUUACUGGCAAAAUUUGCUCAGAAAUUUAGUACAUAUACAAGAACAGAUAAUGGUAUUCCUGCUUUAGAUCUUGCUUUUGCUUUGUCCUCUGGACUGCUUCACUUGAAAAAAUUCAGAAAGAGGCUCCUCAAUCAAAAUAGACUCACACUCAUGUAUAUCUGCCUCAUAUUAAUAAUGAUGGCUUUUGACACUGAAACCAACCCAGGACCAAACAGCACAGUUACAAAUAGAUCAGAUCUUUGCGGUAUUUGUACUAAAGUAGUAGGUUGGCAUCCAGACCGUGGUAUUUAUUGUGAGGAAUGUAGUACAUGGUAUCAUGCACAGUGCCAGGGCAUGAGCUCACAUAUGUAUGAUUUUUACAGUGAUCACUCAGAUGAAUUUUGGGAGUGUCAUAAAUGUGGGAUACCAAAUUUUGCAUCAUCACUUUUUGAAAACUCGUCAAUUGCCGACUCAAAUAAUUCCAUCUCAGAUGUCAGCUCAGAUCUGUCAUGUUUAAAAUCACCAACAGCCACAAUCCAACAUCCCCUUCAUAGUAGUACUCCAACUGGAAAAUCAUCACACCCAGUAACAAACAUUCAGACAAACAGAGCUCCUAAACAAAUUCGAAGGAAACAAAAUAUCCAACAUCUCAAAAUCAUUACUGCAAACUGCCAGUCUGUAAAAAGUAAAAAAUUGGGUUUUCUUGCAAUGUUAACAACUGUCAAGCCUGAUAUUGUGCUUGGUACCGAAUCAUGGCUGAAGCCACACAUAAAAAAUUCUGAAGUCUUUCCACCCGAUUAUAAAGUCUACAGAAAAGAUCGUAAACGUCGUACGGGAGGUGGGGUUUUCAUUCUUGUUUCAAAUAAGCUUACCAGUAAUUCUCUACCGGAACUUCAGUCAGACUCGGAGAUCAUCUGGGCUCAGAUCAAACAGAAAAGUAAACAAGAUCUUUAUGUUUGUAGUGCCUACAGACCAGAGAGGGACCUUAGUUGCAUAGAUGAAAUAAAUCGUACCACCUUACUUAUUGACAGUAGUGACAACACCAUCAUAGUUGGGGGAGAUUUUAAUCUUGGAAAUGUUAAUUGGCAAUCUCUUACAGUUGAUACUGGUGCUACCCAUGCAGACGAAAGUAACAAACUCCUUGACUUAGCAGACUCCUUUGGUUUUCAGCAAUUGAUUCAUGAGCCAACUAGAACUACAGACACUACUCAAAAUACCUUAGACCUUUUAUUUAUAAAUAAUCCAACCUUAGUUGAUAAUAUCAAAGUCAUUCCUGGCUUUAGUGACCACUGUAUCCCUUUCAUUGAUAUAACAGCUACCCCCCGAAUAAAUUACAAAGAAAAAAGAAAGAUACUUUUAUUUGAUAAAGCUGAUUGGGCUGGUUUUAAAUCAGAGUUAGUAAAUUUUGGAAUAGAAUUAAAUAAAAUGUCCGAUAAACUAAAUGUUCAGGAGUUUUGGGAUAACUUCACGUCUAAACUAGAGAGUUUGACAGAUAAUUAUGUACCAUCUAAAAAUGUAAAUGGGAAACACCACUUGGCUUGGAUAAACACUGAAAUAAAAAAGUUGCUUAAAAAAAGGGAUAGACUGUAUGCCAAGUUCAAAAAGUCAAAAGGAAAGUACCUUGAUAAACUUAAGAAAGUGAAAGCACUUAUACAAAAGAAAACAAGAAAAGCCUACUGGAAUUACAUUAACAACAUUGUAUGUGAUCCUACUGAACAAAACAUGGAACUACCAAAAAAUUUUGGAGUUUCAUUAAAAGCCUUAAGAAAGACUCCUGUGGUGUUGCACCCCUUAGAGAAGAUGGCAUACUGA